AUGUUUGAUGGGAUUGGGAAGGCAUCAUGCAUCACAAGCUCGGACCCGUACUGUCGACAAUUAGCGCGAUUGUACCUAGCAAUUCAAAAGAAACGGCCGGAACUGGUCAACAGAAAGGGUGUCGUAUACCAUGCUGACAACGCCAGACCGCAUACAUCUUUAACGAUCCGUCAGAAAUUGAGAGAACUUGGCUGGGAGGUUUUAAUGCAUCCACCGUAUAGCCCGGACCUGGUACCGUCAGACUGUCAUUUGUUUCGGUCUGUGCAGAACUCCUUGAAUGGUGUUAAGUUAGUUUCAAAAGAGGCCUGUGAAAACCACGUGUCACAAUUUUUUGACCAGAAACCACAGAAGUUCUAUAGCGACGGGAUUAUGGUGUUGCUGGAAAAAUGGCAGAAGGUCAUCGAACAAAAUGGUGCAUAUGUGGUUUCAUAA